AUGGCGUCACUGGAAGAUAUGGCUCAUCGUCACAGCAGAUCAGGACGACCAAGUCCUCAGCUUUCUCAAUAUCACCAUUCACAUCAAGGCCAAACUCUGAAGCAAGGCCGCGCUUCGCCGAUCCAAUCUUCCUCCGGCUCUACUACAUAUCCGCCGGGAAAUAAUAUACUCCAUUCUCAAAGCGCCUACGGACCACCGUCACAAGAACCGCCCUACUAUUCAAACCAACCUUCUUCAUAUACCCCUGCAUCUGCAUCCGCGCACUAUCCCUCAAGCGGACCACCAGACCACAUGGCUGCCACUGCCCAAAUGCAGCGGCCUUACCCCCCGAUCUAUCAUACUCCUCAAUCCAACUCUCCGGCAUCCGUAGCCUCGCAGCCUCAUGAUCAGCAUGCUCGCAACAUCUACACGCAGUCACCACAGAUGCCGCCCCAGAUGUACGGCUACGCGCCAUAUUCGCCUAUGAAUCACAUUCAACCUCCAUAUGGGCACCCUUCACCGCAGUCGCAUACUCUCACCUCGCAGUCCAUGAUGAUGCCUCCUCAGACGACAACGGCGCAAAUGUCGCCACAUCAACCCACGCAUACCCCUAACACGGCUUUGUCCAGCAGCCCCGCCAUGAAAAUGGACCCGAACCCUCAAACAGCAUCGCAACGACCGAUGCUCAACCCUCCGCUCCCAAGUCCCAACAACACCGGGAUGUCUGCUGUCGGCAUGCACCAGAACUCGCCUAUGGGAGCAAGCUCCAGCGCAGCACCAGGCCCUAUUCCCGCCACCACCCCGCUCGUCGUACGACAAGACGGCAACGGUGUGCAAUGGAUCGCCUUCGAGUACUCGCGAGAUCGAGUCAAGAUGGAAUAUACGAUCCGUUGCGACGUCGAGUCCGUAAAUGUGGACACGCUCGGCCAGGAAUUCAAAACCGAGAACUGCGUAUACCCGCGCGCCUGCUGCAGCAAAGACCAGUACCGCGGAAACCGCCUAGUCUACGAGACCGAAUGCAACGCCGUUGGCUGGGCCCUAGCCGAACUAAACCCUGCUUUACGUGGAAAGAGAGGUCUCAUCCAGCGCGCCGUCGAUAGCUGGCGCAACAGCAACCAGGAUCCUCGACUCCGCAGCCGCAGGGUUCGUCGACAGGCUAAAUUGAGUCGACGCCAGUCUGUUCCUGCUUCUACUCCUCACAUGGCGCCCGCCACACCUGUUGGUCCUUGUCUGCCCAGCACGGCGAUGCCGGCCCCCACUCCUCGUCCCAAUAUCGGGCCCCUGUCUAUGGGGCCGCCUCAGCUGCAUCAUCAUCAUGCUCAGCCGGAUGGCAGUCCAAAGAUGGAAGUUGGUGUUAGCGGCUCCGAAUACCCUGGGAUUCAGCGUCCCCUAAACACAGGCCGUUUACCCGGCCCUAUCCACCCCGACAUUCAUCAGGCACAAGUCUUCCAUGACACCGCCGUACCACCGCGCGCCGAACCCAGUGGGCCAUCCAUGCCACCACUGAUGCGCGACAGCGGACUCAGCGCACUAGGUCGACACCCGACGAUCGCGACAUCCAGCCGGAUGGACACAACAGGCUUCGUCGUCGACGACGAGCAGAGCCCAAGUAACGAAGACCUCUUCGGCCAACUGCCAGAGGGUAAAAAGCGCACCUUUAUCCUGGUAGAAGACCCGCACCGCGGAUCUCGUGUGCGCGUCAAGGUCAUGCUAGACAAAGUCAAGAUGGAAGAAAUCCCCGACUCGUAUCGCAAGUCCAACGCCGUGUACCCGCGCACCUACUUUCCGGUACAGAUGAAAGACGCACCAGGCCGCAUUCUCACCGGCCGGCGAUUCUUCGGCGACGACACCGAGCAAACAGACGACCCGGUCGAUGCAACCGUCGGGCGCACGACCGUCCCCACACCCUCUCUCGACGGCGAGCGAGACAUCGACGUCCCCAAACUCUCGCGCCGGCGCCACCGCAACGAAGUCCUCAUGAACGACCUGGGAUACCGCCUAAGCUGGAGCCAGAGUCGGGUAUUUGCAGGACGGACCCUAUUUUUGCAACGGUCGUUGGAUGCCUACCGGAAUAAAAUGCGCAGUAGCAUGCUGGCUGCCGGCCAGGAGCCGUCGGAGAUUCCGGACCAUUUCGACACUCGUCGUGGGAAGCGGCGGUUCCUGGAGCGCGGGAGUCGACGUCUGGAGUCGGGGGCUCCGUCUGCUGCUCAGCGGAGUGCGGAAGAAGUGGACGGUUAACGUUCACGAUUUCUAUUUCUA